GUGGGAUCACAAGGGGUUCAGAAGAACCGUGUGAGUGGAGCAGCUAAUGGGGGAAGAGAUGGAUUCGGUGGGGGAGCUACAACAUCGAGCGGAAGAAUGGAUGACUACACUGGAGGAGGGAUGCAAGCAGCUGUAGACGAUAGUGGGGGUGCUUAUGCUGCGGCAGCAGGAAGGGGUGGAGAUCGAUGGGGGCGCGAUCUUGAUGGAUCAGUGGUUGGAAGACAGGACUCUGGAGAUGCUAGACAUCAUGUGGGAGUUGGAGGAGGGGUCGAAUCCCUGGCUCGAUAGCUACAUCGACAAAAGGCUAGCAGAUGAUAGGAUGGGUGCUUGCAAAACCCUCUUUACACUGGGGCACAAUCUACGCAAUCAGCUGGAGAAUCGACAGAGAAAUGGCGAGAUGGGUGAUAUGGGCGACAAGGGUGACAAGGACGACGGGUUGGAGGGUGGUUUGGAGGACGGCGAAUAUGAUUGCGGUGACAACACCAACAAUAGCAACAACAUCAAUUACAGCGGCAUCAAGGACAGCGACAAACUUGCGUGCCACAACAAAAAUGGGUGCGGCAACAACAACAGCAACAAUGAUAACAGCAACAAUAACAUCAACAACAACAACAACAACAACGGUAAUAUCAACAGCAAUGACGACGACGACAGCAGUGACGACUACGGAAGCAGCGGGGUUGACAGUGGUGUUCGUGCAGCUGUGAUCAUCAUCGACAUGAUGGGGGAGAUGCCGCAACCGGACGUAGGGGAGAUUGGGGUUGGUACGGAAAAGGGGUUUGCUAUCUUCCCCCCCCUCAACGAUAGUGAUGACGACGACGACAACAACAAUAACAACAACAGCAACAACAAUAACAACAACAGCAGCAACAACAACAACAACGGCGGCGACGACCAAGGGAGCAGCGGCGUAGGAAGCGGCAGUGCAUCUGAGAUUAUCAUCAGCGCGAUGGGAGUGAUGCUGCAAGCGGAGGUGGUGGGAUAUGGGGUUGAUAUGGAGACGUGGUUUACUGCUUCCCCCCCCCCCCUCCAUCCUCAAUACGGAAUUCCUCCUCAUGGUUCGGCAGAGGAUAGGAGUAGGAUAGCUGGUGGUGAUUGAUGUUGCCCGGCCUGCAAUAUCAAUCAUCAAUGGGGGCUGAUCGUCCCGUUGGUUGGCGGUGGGCUGUUUAGGGAUAAGUUAGCAGGAGGUCAAUCCUUCCCUGCGCAGGGAAGUAAUCAAUGCCCCCUGACAGG